AAUCGGGGUCAGUUAUCAUUUCUUCUUGAAGUAGUUCCCAUCGUAGAUAAAGAGAGUGGCAGAGAACCUAUUAACUGCCAAGAGACAGAAUAUGAAGUAGAGACUAUAAAGUUGUAAAGGCACAACCUUUCUCCAAUCUAAUUCGAGGUGGUGAAUGAUGGGUAACCUUCAACAUUGCUUGAUUCCCUUGUAGUAUAUAUAGCGUCAGAAUGUUCAAUGCUUGGUAUUGUUAUUAUAGGUGAUUUACCCAAUUCCCUGAAUUCACAAUGAAAUCUGCUCUUAUAAGCACUAAUUCCUUGCACCCAUUUGCUCCGUUCGGUGCGCAUAUAUCCUCUAAGCGAAAGAAUCCCAAUGUAUUCUGCAUAAAACCCAUUGCUUUGCCCGCCAUACUCUCCUCGAAAUCCCAGCCCAAGCCAUCCAGAUUGGUUGCGCUAUGCGCUUCACAUAACGCAAGCCUUUCGAAUGCCGAACUGAAGGGUCGUGGGGUGGAGGAGAUUCCGAGUGAAGACUUUGUUGAAGAUGAGAAUUCACAAAGUCGAUGGAAUGUGGAAGUGGGGAGCCCCAGUGUUCCGCCCAAUGUUCUGCCGGCGGCCAAGUUGAGCUUGAGUGACCAAGCUUUCUUUCUCCUGGCCUUCAUUGCUUGCACGACUGCUGUGGCAUUCACUAGCCUUAUUACUGCAGCUGUCCCAACACUACAUUGUUUCAGGAAAUAUGAAGACCUUUUGUCAUUCUGCGAUAAAAAAGGGAGAGUAAUGAUGGGAGAUGAUGGAAUGUCUGCAUAUUAGUUUUUGUCACUGAAUUGCCAAAGGGGGAGUUUGCUAGUAUUUUUGUCGACAAUUAUCUCUAGGAUUUGGUUAACUUUUUCAAUGCGUAGGUAUACUGUAAUCUAGAAUGUGCAGGAUUCUAGUGUUAUAGGAUAACUUGAGAUAUUUUGCUUGAUAGUAGAUAUGAUGCGGCUAGGCUAUCGGUUGACC